AUGGCGUCUAGCAGCAUUUCCAGACUCUCUGCCAUAUCAAAUCAUAUUCAAAAUAACUCCAUGUUGUCUUUCACUCAAGUUGCCACCCAAUUACCCUGGGAUCCAAACAACACCAAGUUCCCUUCGAGGAAAGAUCUUCCAAAGCUUCCUGGUGCACCUGAGGGUGCCGCCUGGGUCUGGGGCAAAAAUGAUGAGGUGGGCAGAUUGAACCUCCUGACACCGCAGCGGGUCAAAGUAUCUGCUGCUGAGAUUGAUACUGGCGAGAUGGUGCGACUGGAUCUUCCUCUCACAGUACCCGAGAAGCCGGCUUUUGACCGCGAAGUGUUCCAGCAUAACAUCAAAACGCUUAUUGAUGGCAUUGCUUAUGACGAUACAUACAUUGUGAACCCACAGAGCGGGACGCAGUGGGAUGGAUUCCGGCAUGCCAAAGGCAGCGACUUCGUAGGCGAAACCGCAAACCACCGCUGCAGCAUCCACCACUGGGCAACGCACGGCAUCGCCGGUCGAGGAAUCCUCCUAGACUACCACCACUACGCCAAAACCCACAACAAGCCCUACGACCCCUACACAACACAUAGCAUCAGCCUCUCGGAGUUACAAGCAUGCGCAACGUCCCAAGGCCUAGAUCUACGCCCGCAGUCCGAAGGCGGCGACAUCCGCAUCGGAGACAUUCUACUCGUGCGCUCCGGCUUCGUGGAGCGAUACUACGAGCUCAGUUCUGAGCAGCGGUAUGCAGCUGCGACACGGUCCCAUGAGGACCUAUGCUUUGCGGGACUCUCGCGCGAGCCAGCUAUCCGGGACUGGUUGCAUGAUUGCUAUUUUGCAGCUGUGGCGGGUGACUCGCCGACAUUUGAGUCGUGGCCUGUUCCUGAAGGUGACUAUUUGCAUCAGAGCCUAUUGGCGCUGUGGGGGUGUCCUAUUGGUGAGAUGUGGGAUUUGGAGAGGCUUGCUGAGAAGUGUCGGGCGAGGGGGAAGUGGUCUUUCUUUAUGACUAGUGCUCCGGCCAAUGUGCCUGGUGGUGUCGGGUCCCAUGCGAAUGCUACUGCUAUUCUUUAG